AUGUCCCACUCGGUGGUCCUGCGUGGUCCUUCACCAUGGGGUUUUCGCUUGGUGGGGGGGAAAGACUUCAGCGCCCCGUUGACCAUCUCCAGGAUUAACCCUGGCAGUAAAGCAGCCAUGGCAAACCUGUGCCCAGGAGACGUCAUUCUGGCUAUUAAUGGAGAGAGCACCGAGAACAUGACACACCUGGAAGCACAGAACAAGAUCAAAGCAUGCAUGGACCGGCUGCUGCUCUCAGUGAACAGAGCCGAAGGGAAGACUUGGUCACCUCCUGUCCUGGAAGAUGGCAAGGCUCAAGCCUAUCGGAUCAACAUCGAGCCGGACCCACAGGACAACGGGUUUGCCCACAGCAGGAGGUCCUUGCCCCAUGGGGCUGGUGGCAGCCCCAUGGACAACAAGCAGAUGGUGAACGUGCAGCAGCAGCAGCACCCAACCCGGCUCUACGCCAACAGCACCUCUGAGUCUGCUCUGCCAGGGCAGCUGAGUGGGCUCCACAUUGCUCCUGCCCACAGCCUUGACCCCUUGAAGUCUCUCCCACGGAACAGAAAUGGGAUUGAUGUGGAGUCAGAUGUCUACAAGAUGCUUCAGGAUUAUGAGAAGCCUGUUUCAGAGCCCAAGCAGUCUGGAUCCUUCCGAUACUUGCAGGGCAUGUUGGAGGCUGGUGAGAAUGGUGAAAAACUCGACCGACUGAGCAACCCCCGGAGCGUCAAGCCCCCGGUGUCAAAGCUCGGGGGUACCAUGGCUGGGCUGCAGAUGCUCCCCGAGUGCACUCGCUGCGGCAACGGCAUCGUGGGCACCAUCGUCAAAGCCCGGGACAAGCUGUACCACCCCGAGUGCUUCAUGUGCGACGACUGCGGGCUCAACCUGAAGCAGCGCGGCUACUUCUUCAUCGAGGAGCAGCUGUACUGCGAGACCCACGCCAAGGAGAGGGUUAAGCCCCCCGAGGGCUAUGACGUGGUGGCUGUUUACCCAAACGCCAAAGUCGAACUUGUCUAA